AUGGAAGGUUGUUCAAAGAAUGUUGAGGCAUGUCCUCGGUUACUGGAUUUGAUUCCCAAAGAAAGAGAAUGGCUUGGUAAGAGAGAAGAUGAAAGGUCCUCCUCAGAGGAUAAAAAGCUUGAACUAAGGCUUGGUCCACCUGGUGAAGACUGGUCUCUCAAAAACACUGGUGGAGAAAAACAUGAGUCUCAACCACUCUCUUUUGGGUACUCAACCAAUGGAAACAAACAAACUCAUAAGUUUCCUUCUUCAGCUGAGAAUUCACAUUUUUGGUUUAAUCAGCAACAACAUGGAAAGGUGGUUCCUCCAUUUCUCAAGUUUCCAUCAUCAUCACCAACACCAACAGCAACUGCAACCCAACAGAGCCUGCCUGCUAUGCCUAAGGAAUCCUCACGGCCCUGCAGCACUAAAGUGGUAGAGUUGCAGCAGUGUGCAGAAAAGAAGACAUUUUCACCACCAGCUCCUGCCAGUACAGCUGUGCCCAACAGCUCUCAGAAAAGAACUGCACCUGGUCCAGUUGUUGGUUGGCCUCCAAUUCGUUCUUUCAGGAAGAAUCUUGCAAACAGUAGCAGCAGCAGCUAUUCUAAACCAACCCUCGAGUCUCAAAACAAACAAGUUGAAACUUGCAAGAAAGGGUUAUUUGUCAAGAUCAAUAUGGAAGGUGUGCCCAUAGGAAGGAAAGUGGACCUCAAAGCCUUUGAUAGCUAUGAAAAACUCUCAACUGCUGUUGAUGAACUCUUUAGAGGCCUUCUUGCAGCUCAAACAGAUUCUUCUUCUAAUGGAAUCAUGAACAAGCAAGAGGAAGAGAAAGCAAUUACUGGUGUACUGGAUGGAAGUGGCGAGUAUACGCUUGUUUAUGAGGAUAAUGAAGGAGACAGGAUGCUUGUUGGAGAUGUCCCAUGGCACAUGUUUGUGUCCACAGUGAAGAGGCUGCGCCUAUUAAAGAGCUCUGAAGUUUCUGCAUUAAGCCGUGAGUAA